AUGCCGUCUCUGGUAACGUCAUGCGCUCGCUGUGGUGGUGCCUUAGAGGACAAGGCAGAUAGAUCUUCUUCCCGCUUAGUGAACAAUUUACGUGGAAAUGAUGAGAUGGACAAUUCUUUCCUGAUUUUCACUCAAGCAGCUGGUGUUCUCUUUGCGGAAUUCAAGGUCGUCCCUCGUUAUCGAAGCUUCUUCGCUGUUGAAAUCGGCUUGCUGCAUUCAAUCACAGAUGAAAUUUCCCAUAGCGGCGCGACCUUUUCCUCUGCUGUGCUGCGAUGGGUGAAGCAGCACCCAGAAGAGGGCCAAGUUCGACUGCUGCAAGGAAAGGACCUGACCAUGCUAGAGCCGCUGUCGCCCAAGCAGUUUGCAGCAGAGCGCUUUAAUUGCACAAGAAAAGCGCUACAGGUCGAAACUUGUCCAUCUGAAGACGGUUUGUCAGUGGAGACUUGGUACUUGGUCCGUUGCAAGUGUCCACAGAAUGGCAUCUUCGAAGCACCUUUGCCCCGCAAGGAAGUGCACGCAGAUCUACUGGCAGAGUUCGAGAAAGGGGCCUUGCCAAAAAAGCGAGAUCAUGGUAACCUGCGUACUCAAUGUCGCUGGCUGAAGAGUGCUCGCAUGGUUCGUCAAGCUGCCUUGAAGCGCGCUGGGCCAUGCAAGCCAGCGCACCGUGGAAGAGCCAGCAGCAAGAAGGAGGAGGUCAAAAAUCUCGCGGGCGGAUGGCUGACAAGUCUACAGAUGGCAGUGAGCUUGCUGAGUGGCAUUUUAACUGCUACGCUUUCCUGUGGUCAGCUGGUGGAUUGGCUAGAAUUACCUCGUGGAGAAGCCCUCGAUGUAGUGUACACCUUUGUUCUGGAUGUGAUUAAAGAGCUCUCGGCCCGGCAAGUGCAGGUGAAGUGCGUAGGGUAUGACAACGCCUGUCGGCUCCUUGCAAUGGCUGAGCGUUGUGAGAAUUUGUGCAGCCCAUGGACCAACAAAUUUUGCAACUCGGAGAGCUGUGAGCAGUUGAACGCAUGGAUCUCUGGUCGCACUGCUGCUGCCUUGAACUUGACAGGCGCUAGAUUUGGUGUCUAUUGGAAUGCUCUCUUUGCUGCGCACAAUGAAUGGCUGGAGCAAUGUAGUGCGGCGCGUCGUCGCUUCCAGGCAGGCUUCUUGAAGAGAAACCAAGACAAAUGCGAAAGGAAAUCGGUCGGAGAGGUGAAACAGGGAUAG